AUGGAGCAAGGUAGAAAUGGGAAUCUCGGAUGCUGGUGGAGGACUGCUGACUCGGCUUGGUGCAGAGGAACAGGCGGGGGAGAGAUGGAGCCGGAGCAGAAUGAGAGGAUUCUGGCACUGGAAGCAGAGAUAUACGACUUCAUGGAGGAGUCAUCGAAACCCAAUUGUUUCCCGACCAAGAAGGAGCUAGUGGCUGCUAUGAGGAUGGACCUGGUUGAAGCCAUAAUUGACCAUGGUGGUUGGCUUGUCUAUGGAUGGGAUUUGGAUGACAGCGUUGACGUUGAAAAAGGCAUUGAGGAAAGGCGACGGCAGUCACUGAGAGGGGAAACGCGAGCAGAGGCCAUCGAUUCCUCUCAGAUUAGAGCAAGCUCUUUCACUGUUGGCAUGGUUGACAAUAUGACUGGUCGGCAGGGUGAUGGGAUCCCUCAAAAAAAGAGGUGAUACAGAGCUAAGGAUUCUCCUUCUGCUUCAUAUUCCUCUCCUUCCACUACAUUCGUUUCUCGUAGACCGGGAGCGUCUGUUCUUGUCCUACACAGAAGACUCACUAUGUCCUUAAUAUGUCAUACUGCUCAGAGAAGAGGAUGUCGGGGAAGACGACGGAAUUGAAGGCAUUCUGAACCGGCUGGAGAAGGAAAGGAGCCUCUCUUAUCCAGAAGCUGACGAUAGAUCAUCAAGGAACAAGGAUUAUGCUGCGGGGAAUGCAGGUAUGCUAUUUUGGGACCUGGGAGACUCCACGAAGCUUCGAUCUGCAUGUCAGCCCAUGGUAGUUUCUGCUUGUAUCUAGUUCUUCUGAGAGCUGUUUGAGGCUGCUUCUGCAUCAUUUUACAGAUUUUAGUCAAUAUUAUGAUCAAUCUAUUACAAUUAUUUUAGUCUCAAUUUUUUAACUUAGAAUGUUGUGAAGGGCAUUCAUCUCCUUAUUAAUGGUUGUCAUGUUUGCACAAGUAACAGACUAGUUAGUAUUCCAACAUCUUAUGGGGAGUUGAUAUCCCCAGCAUGAUAUUCAAAUGUAACAUAUCAGUAUAUGCUGACUUAUGAAGAUCAAACUUAUAGGUAUAACGAAAGCGUAACAUCGGUCAUUUUGAAAAGGAUGGGACAGAAUCGCUGUGGGCAGUGUGUAACCCGGGCUUCCUAAGUUAACUGCAGAAACAUGAACCUGUUAAUGAGAUGCCCAGGUUAUUCAAAUUAAGUCAUGAUGAUAUGUGAAAAUGUGAAUGCAAUUGAGCCCAGAAGUACACCAAGAUAGAUUGUUAGAUUUUUGAAGUGGGAACAUGAAACAGUUGAAAUAUCUGCAAGUUGAUUAAUAUUUUGGCAAUUGGAUGCUUAAGAAAUCGUCAGGAGCUGUGAGAUGAACGUAUGACUCAAGUCUUGUUUCGUGAAAGAAAAAAAAUCCCAUCUAUAUUUGCGUUUUUAAUCUUCUAGAAGAAAUGCUUCCCAAUUCUCAUUUUCCAUUUGAUGAAGCAAUAGGAAUCUUAUAUCUGAUCUUUUCAUGAUGUAAUUAUUUAGUUUCUACACUAAAUUGGCAACUAUGAGCGAUUUACCUGGAUAAUCUGAUUAUUUGAGGUUGACAGUGAUGGAUCAAAUUCUCUCAAAAUCUAACCCUUUUUCAGUUUGUAAUAAUAAUAAUACCGGUGAUAAAUAUUUCCAAAUACUGUUUAUGUUCUGUCUAAACUACCUUUUUAAUCAAAGAUUCAUUUGCAGGUAUUUUAUUAAAAUGAUAAAUUAUAUUCAAAGAAACUACAUCGGAUGGAAUAUAUUAGUUAAAGUGAAGUACGGAACCGAAAAGAGGAUGAGAAAUUUCACAGACCACAAAAGGGACACGAUUUUAUGAAUCUCUGGUGAAUCCUAUAUCUACUUUAUUCCCCAAGCCUCUAAUUGUUUAUAGAUUUAUCUCAAACCUAAGUUCUAUGGGCUAUUCUAGGGUAUCAAUCAGACCUUAUGGAAUUGGAUGGUUUGAGAAAUGUAUCCAUUCUAGCCUUUCAGGCCUCACUCUACAGCAAGCUUGUUCAAGACACAGUAAACCCAAAAUAUGAGUCAUAAAUCCCCUUCUGUGGAUGAAGACGUUGUGGUAGGUCAGGGUGCUCGCUCAAAACUUUGAUGCUUUUGAGUACUGUGAGCUUGAGAUUGCUUCUAAGGUUUGCAAUGCAGACUUACGAAAGCUUCUUAAUCUCUUCUUUUAAUUUCUUUUGUUCUUGGAGAUUCUUUGAUAGAAACUGCAUGAGACUGCUCCAACAGCUGAAACAUGAUUUUCUCUGUACUUUUUGUGUUUUGUUUUGAGCAAACUAGCUGUUACAAAAGUGAAGAUGCCGUCCCCCAAAAGUCAGGUGUCAAGCCUUCAGUCGACCAGCUCUAAUCUGAUGUUGACCCUUCAUCUAUCAAGUUGUUACCUUUAACUGAUUUUCCUGUUCUUGUUAAAGGCGUUGACACUUUUGAACUCUAGUGUGGACACUAAUACCCAAGUGUGAACACCUAACUUUCAAGCAUCAGUCCUCUUGUUUAAUGACUUCUGUUUUGCUUGGAGGUGCUGGCAUAGAUGUCUUGAGAGUCAACGCUAAAUACAAGUGUCAACACUUCCAGUUCUGAGCUCGAUACUAGACUUCGGCCAGUUCAAGUUUAUUCGUACAAAUUAUCUGACUGCCUACGUUUAUUGCCCUGAAAUUCGUACAAAGUUUAUUCGUAAAGUUAUCUUUACGGUAUCAAUAAUUUAUUGAUCUAUUGACCUCAUUUUCUGACCAUGUUUAAAUUCAUGGGUCAAAUCAGAAUUAUAAUCAUAAUUAAGGUUUUGUAAUGAGUGAGAUGAGCAUAUGCGGUUCAACGGCAAUCAUUUGGGGUACUUGUCUAAUUUCUUCCUUUUCAAUGUAUGUUCCUUGAUCGGUCAUUUUGUUUGGUGUAAUAAAAUAAGCAUUUGUCGAUUUAAUGUCAUCAUUAAUUUAUUUAUCUUCACGUUUAAUCAUUUAUCGCUAAAUUCUUGUUUACUGAUUGGAUUCUAUCUAUCUUUUUGGUAUCGGUAACAUUUUGAAUUCACCCCCAAGUUCAUAUUUUUUUCGAGAUGCAGCUAGCCAAGCAGUCAGAAAUCUACACUGGCAUGGAGGAAACGGGCUCUGGGGUGACGUUGAUACCAACGAACCAGUAUACCCAAUGGCCGAUGACAUGAGAAAUGGAAGUGGCGAACCGCAGUCAUCUUCUGUAAGCGACAGGAGAGGCAUAUUGUCCGACCUUCAAUUGCUGGGGUCGGAGCUUGCUUCUGUCCUCAACUCUCUCGGGUCUAGGACGAAUAUGAUAAUUUCACGCAAGGUAUUAGGGAUAAUUCCAAGUUCAUGUCAAGGUAUUAGGGAAUAUGAUCAUCUUCUCUAAUGUUGAUAUGCUAUGGUUCUGCCUUAUUUUUCCUUAUCGAUUUUUAGGGUCGCCAAAGCUCCUUUGAGGAGUUGAACAAGCUUUCUGAUGAUUUGGAGUUCAAGGAAACGGAAAUAGCCAAUGUUCAGGACAAGGUACGAUCGAUUAAGGCAAAAUUAUCGGCAUUAGAAGGCAAGAUCGCGCUUAGAUCAAUGUAAGGAAUCCUCUGCAAGUCCACAUUUGGCCCAGGUCACUCGUUCCCUUCCUUCUGUUCCAAUGAACACCCUCCUCUUUACAGCGAAGCGACGAAGAUUCUGGGGGAGAAGCAGAAGAGGAUUGAUGCAGUUCAGAGGGUACUGGGCCUCCUCUCCACGGCCUACAUUGUUUGGUCAGGCUCGGCUUCUGAGGUCUUCUUGGCUGGCUCCUUCGAUGGAUGGGCCACUCAGGUCGGUCCUCGUGUUUCGAGCUAUGAAUCCCAUUCUCUGUUGAUUCAUCAUCCUCAUUCUCGCUGAAGCUCUCGCUUUCCUUUUUCUGUUCUCUUUAAGAGGCGAAUGGAGAAGUCGAGCACCGGCAUCUUCACUCUAUACCUGAAGCUGUACCCGGGCCAGUAUGAGGUGGGCAGUUCAUCCUGUGUUCUUGGUGUUCGGCUUCCCCCAAACCGCUACUCCCUUGCUGACUUCAACCCUUCUGCAGAUCAAGUUCAUCGUCGACGGCGUGUGGAUGGUCGACACCCGUCGGCCGAUUGUGCACCAUUCUGGGUUCGAGAAUAAUCUCCUGACCGUCCGGUGA